AUGCAUGAGUACUACAUGGGCCCUCACCUGCACCCGAAUCUCAAGGAUUAUGGGUUCAAGGUUCCCACGGACUGCCUCGGUUAUGUGGGCAUCUAUAAGAGCGGGUCCAGCGAGACUCUGUGCAAUUUGCGAAACAACCUCGGGAAGAGGUCAAGGUGGAAGCAUGGCAUGGGCUCGAACUUGUUGCAGAGAAUGAUACAGAUACACAUGUUUCCCGUCCUGAACGAGUCGGACGAUGCCGUGGUGGACCCGAAAUCAAGCUUACUACGAAGACAACCCGCAGGACCUGGCCCGGGCCCGCCGCCAGGGGAGGCCGCGGCACGGCACGGCGUUCACGUGGGUCCGGGAGCCCGCGUUGCGCUUCGUGUCCGGUUAUUCCGAGAUCGAAUACUAUCGCACGCGGUGGCGGACUUCACGAUCGGGGAGCCGUAUUUCUUUUACGACUUUGUAUUGCACAGUCCGAAACAGCGAGAAAAUUAUAAGCCCGGCAUGAUAGUUGAGCAAAACAAGAAGUCGUGCUACGGAUGUUCAUUCUGGCAGAGCGAAGUAAAUUCGACUUCCCGGGCCAAGCAGUUUGUGCUGGACUUCUUGAUGCUGGGGAUGCGACCAGAUUUUUUAUGGCGGCACAUCUUCCCACAGGUGGCGCAAGCCAACGUCUUCUUCCGAUCGGCUGGCCCCCUCGAUUUUGUCUGCCACCUGGAGGAGUUUGAACGAGGCUGGGAGUUCGCGGGCAUGAUGGCCAACAGGUCACUGGAUACCUUCAACAGGGGCUGCCGAGGCCACGCCUACUCUGGGUCCGGGUCGGGGUUCGAGCCGCGGGAGGCCAUGACCCGCGCCAUCUUCACCACCGAGGGGGGGCCCGCCGAGAACUGCGCUGCGGACGGCGAGGCAUCGGGGACCUGCGGGGGCCCGCAGGUCGACGCCGACCGCGCGCUGGCGACGCUCCGGGAGGCGCUGGCGGGCAGACCCGGGGUGGAAGGCGCCAUUGGCCUCCUCGGCGACGCCCUCGCCGAGCACGGCGCAUCCGACGUGGCCACGAGCUUGGGCUGCGCGCUGCUUUUGCCGGACUACGUCUGUUUCGGGUACAGGAAUGUGGCGGACCCCGCGGCCUGCGUGGCGGCGGGUUUCGCCGACUCGCUCGCACAGUGGGACGAGAUCCAGUCGGAGGUCCGCAGGGUGAUCUGCCCUGGGGUGCGGAGCCGAGUGGCCGACUGGUUGAGAGCGCGCGAUAUCUCUUACCUUGGUUCGGUGCCCAGCCGCACCACCGUGCCCGCGUGCCCGCCAUACACUUGUCAGCUGACUUGUCCUUUCGUUUCGCCUGCUGCUGGCCGCCUCGUAGACGUCUCGGCCGGCGUGAUCGACUUGACCAGCCUCACCCGUUUCAUCGCCACCGUCGGCUUGUGCAGCGCCAAGGGCUUCGCGCCCACUCCGACACCAGUCAAUGACCGACCUGUGGUGUGCGCCAUGUCCGACGCAGGCGUAUACUUCGAGCUGCUAGGAAUCGAUCGCGGACGGGCGACAGCCACCCUCGUGCCAGCCGCCGUCCCCGUCUUAACCGCCGCGCAGCGGGUCACGGUGGAGACGACCGCGUUCACCUCCAUGGAGAUCCCCGUCAUCAUCGGCGUGGCGGGCACCGAGAUGGGCGAGGUCGGCAUCUUCACCACCCCGUCGGGCAACACGGUGCUCGGGCGCGACAUGCAGGCAUACCCCGUGGAGGAGCACCGUGUGACGGACAGCGCCCGCGACGCCAGGCACCAUAAGACCACGACUAUGACGACGAAGGAACUGUGCCAGUCGCCAUUUCUUGACUGGCCCGUCCCGAUGCCACAGACUGUGAAGUGGUGCCGCGAGAGGCUCGUUAGUCGACAGGGAGGGCCGCUGGAGCACCCACGCUCGCUGGUCAUGACCUUCGGGCCGCGCACGAACAUGUCGGGCUUUAAGGUCCACCGCACUAUCAUGAGGUGCCUGGACGAGGGUUUCCGCGGCCUGGUGGAUGUCAGCGACAGCGCCGCCGUUGAGCUGCUCCUCAGUGGGGCGGGGCUGGCGGAGUACGUUUACCAGUUCACCACAUGGACGUUUUGGCUACCCGCGGGUCCAAGGCCACGGGCAAGGGCAAGGCCGCUGCCGGUUCUCCAGCAUGCCGUCUUCGACGAGUCGGCGAUCCCUUCCGAGAUGACCAAGGACUCGGGCUUGGCGAUGCUCCGCCCGAGCUUCGUGGCCCACGUGGCCCCAGAGGUCGAGCAUUACGCUGCCAUCCUCGAGCUGGUCAGCAGGGCCCGAGAGGAGAGGACGGUGCUGGCCACACAGAGCCGCAGGAACGACCAGGAGCAGGCGUAA